AUGGCCCAAGGAACCGUCAAGCAAAAGGUCAAGACAGAGCCCAAGAAGGGCGCAAGGCCUACUGGUCCUCAGAUGGGCAACAGAGUCAUCAAGCCCAAGAAGGCUGCUUUGUUGAAGCAGGCCAACAUGAAGAAGAAGCACUCCGCCGGCCUGAUUACCUUGACCGAGCGCUCCCUCGCCGAAAAAGCUGGUCACCUUGAGAUGCUCAAGGGUGGCAAGAAGGACAGACUCGAGAAGGCCAAGAACAAGGCCGUCAACAAGAAGUAA